GUUAGCGACGGCGCAGUCGCGGUGCGAGCGGCCGGCCGGCGGGCGCUUCACGGUUUGAAUGGCUGAGGGCCCGGGCCCUCGUCACACUUGAGGACCGGCAGCCCAGGGUGGUGCCAUGCCGUCUGGAGGGGACCAGUCGCCGCCACCCCUGCCUCCUCCUCCGGCGGCGGCAGCAGCCUCGGAAGAGGAGGAGGACGAGGACGGGGAGGCCGAGGACGCCGCGCAGCCGGCGGGGUCACCGACCCCUCAGGUCCAGCAGCGGUUCGACGAGCUGUGCUGCAGCCUCAACAUGGACGAGGCGGCGCGGGCCGAGGCCUGGGACAGCUACCGGAGCAUGAGCGAGAGCUAUACGCUGGAGGGAAAUGAUCUUCAUUGGUUAGCAUGUGCCUUAUAUGUGGCUUGCAGAAAAUCUGUUCCCACUGUAAGCAAAGGGACAGUUGAAGGAAACUAUGUGUCUUUAACUAGAAUCCUGCGCUGUUCAGAACAGAGCUUAAUUGAAUUUUUUAACAAGAUGAAGAAGUGGGAAGAUAUGGCAAAUCUACCCCCACAUUUCAGAGAACGGACAGAGAGAUUGGAAAGAAACUUUACUGUUUCUGCUGUAAUUUUUAAGAAAUAUGAACCAAUUUUUCAAGACAUUUUCAAAUAUCCCCAAGAGGAGCAACCUCGUCAUCAAAGAGGAAGAAAACAGAGGCGACAGCCCUGUACCGUGUCUGAAAUUUUCCAUUUUUGUUGGGUGCUUUUUAUAUAUGCAAAAGGUAAUUUUCCUAUGAUUAGUGAUGAUUUGGUCAAUUCCUACCAUCUUCUGCUGUGUGCUUUAGAUUUAGUUUAUGGAAAUGCUAUACAGUGUUCCAAUCGUAAAGAACUGGUGAAUCCUAAUUUUAAAGGCCUAUGUGAAGAUUUUCAUGCUAAGGAUUCUAAACCUUCCUCUGACCCACCUUGUGUCAUCGAGAAACUCUGUUCCUUACAUGAUGGCCUUGUUUUGGAAGCAAAAGGAAUAAAGGAGCAUUUCUGGAAACCAUAUAUUAGGAAACUUUAUGAAAAAAAGCUUCUCAAGGGUAAAGAAGAAAAUCUUACUGGUUUUCUGGAACCUGGGAACUUUGGAGAGAGUUUUAAAGCCAUCAGUAAGGCUUAUGAGGAGUAUGUUCUAUCUGCUGGGAAUUUAGAUGAACGGAUAUUUCUUGGAGAGGAUGCUGAGGAGGAAAUUGGGACUCUGUCCCGGUGUCUGAACAUGGGGUCAGGAGCAGAGAGUGCUGAGAGAGCACAGGUGAAAAACAUCUUGCAGCAGCACUUUGACAAGUCAAAAGCACUUAAAAUCUCCACACCGCUUAGUGGUAUGAAGUACAAUAAGGAGAACAGCCCUUGUAUGACCCCCAUUACCACAGCUGCACACAGCUUGAGCCGUCUUCAUACCAUGCUGACAGGCCUCAGGAAUGCACCAAGUGAGAAGCUAGAACAGAUUCUCAGGACAUGUUCCAGGGAUCCAACCCAGGCUAUUGCUAACAGAUUGAAAGAAAUGUAUGAAAUAUAUUCUCAGCAUUACCAGCUAGAUGAGGAUUUUAGUAAUUGUGCUAAAGAAAUUGCCAGCAAACAUUUUCGUUUUGCAGAAAUGCUUUACUAUAAAGUAUUGGAAUCUGUUAUUGAGCAAGAGCAGAAAAGAUUAGGAGACAUGGAUUUAUCUGGUAUUCUGGAACAGGAUGCAUUCCAUAGAUCACUCUUGGCCUGCUGCCUUGAAGUCAUCACUUUUUCUUACAAGCCUCCUGGGAAUUUUCCACUCAUUGCUGAAAUAUUUGAUGUUCCGCUUUAUCAUUUUUAUAAGGUAAUAGAAGUAUUCAUUAGGGCAGAAGAUGGCCUUUGUAGAGAAGUGGUAAAACACCUGAAUCAGAUUGAAGAACAGAUAUUAGAUCAUUUAGCAUGGAAACCAGAGUCUCCACUCUGGCAAAGAAUUAAAGACAAUGAAAACAGAGUUCCUACAUGUGAAGAGGUCAUGCCACCUCAGAACCUGGAAAGAACAGAUGAAAUUUGUACUGUUGCUUCCCCUUUAACUCCCAGAAGGGUGAGUGAAAUUCGUGCUGAUACUGGAGGACUUGGAAGAAGCAUGACAUCUCCAACCACAUUGUAUGAUAGAUACAGCUCACCAACAGUCAGUAGUACCAGAAGGAGGCUAUUUGAGAGUGAUAGCCCUUCUGAUGGAGGGACAGCUGGGCGUGUCUCCCAACAGCCCCUAGUCAAUGCUGUCCCUGUGCAGAAUGUAUCUGGAGAAACUGUUUCUGUUACACCGGUUCCUGGACAGACCCUGGUCACCAUGGCAACAGCCACUGUUACAGCCAACAAUGGACAGACAGUGACCAUUCCAGUACAAGGUAUUGCCAAUGAAAAUGGAGGGAUAACAUUCUUCCCAGUUCAAGUCAAUGUUGGGGGGCAGGCACAGGCUGUUACUGGCUCUAUCCAGCCCCUCAGUGCUCAAGCCCUGACUGGAAGUCUGAGUACUCAACAGGUGACAGGAACAACUUUGCAAGUCCCUGGUCAAGUAUCCAUUCAGCAGCUUUCCCCAGGUGGACAACAGCUUAAACAAGGCCAGCCUUUACCCAACGGCAGUGUUAGACCCAGGAAGACCAGCUCUUUAUCACUCUUCUUUAGAAAGGUUUACCACUUAGCUGGUGUCCGCCUUCGGGAUCUUUGUGCUAAACUAGAUAUUUCAGAUGAACUGAGGAAAAAAAUCUGGACCUGCUUUGAAUUCUCCAUAAUUCAGUGUCCUGAACUUAUGAUGGACAGACAUCUGGACCAGUUGUUAAUGUGUGCCAUUUAUGUGAUGGCAAAGGUCACAAAAGAAGACAAGUCUUUCCAGAAUAUCAUGCGUUGUUAUAGGACUCAGCCACAGGCAUGCAGCCAGGUCUAUAGAAGUGUUUUGAUAAAAGGAAAACAAAAAAGAAGAAAUUCUGGCAGCAGUGAAAGCAGAAGCCAUCAGAAUUCUCCAACAGAACCAAACAAAGACCGAGCCAGUAGAGACUCCAGUCCAGUUAUGAGGUCAAGUAGCACCUUGCCAGUUCCACAACCCAGCAGUGCCCCUCCUACACCUACUAGGCUCACAGGUGCAAACAGUGACAUGGAAGAGGAAGAGAGAGGAGACCUCAUUCAGUUCUAUAACAACAUCUAUAUAAAACAAAUGAAAGCAUUUGCCAUGAAGUACUCACAGGCAAAUACAAUGGAUGCCCCUCCACUCUCUCCCUAUCCAUUUAUAAGAACAGGCUCCCCUCGCCGAAUACAGCUGUCUCAAAAUCAUCCUAUCUACAUUUCCCCACAUAAAAAUGAAACAAUGCUUUCUCCUCGAGAAAAGAUUUUUUACUACUUCAGCAACAGUCCAUCAAAGAGACUAAGAGAAAUCAACAGUAUGAUACGGACAGGAGAAACUCCAACAAAAAAGAGGGGGAUUAUCCUGGACGAUGGAAGUGAAUCACCAGCAAAAAGAAUCUGCCCAGAAAAUCAUUCUGCUCUAUUGCGCCGUCUCCAAGACGUAGCUAAUGACCGAGGUUCCCACUGAGGUUAGUCUGUGCUGUUAAAAGCAUCUUUGCACUAACUGUUCAGCAGCGUUGUUUACUGCUGCUAGUCAGAUGCAUGCUAGGUGACACAAGUCUUUUCUUUAAUCUCACCAAAUUACAGCCUGUUAGAAACAGGAAGGGAAGGGAUAUUUUGGUGAGAAACUGAUUUUAUUCCUUCCAAUAUCCUUAGGAUAUUUUUAUUUAUCCCAACUGCCUUUUCCUCUCCCAUUUAGUGCUUAGUAUCAACACUGCUCAGAGUCCAGUGACUUUUAACUUUUUGACAAACCUUUACAAAUAACUAGAGAAUGAAAUGAAUUCACAUGAGGUCUCUGCUGAUACGUUACAGCAGAGGAACUGUAUUUCAAAUUCAUUCCUGACCUUUUAUGCUCAGCACUAGUCCUUAUGAUAAGGAAAACAAAAUUUAUUAGUCCCAACACACUCAGUAAGAGUGAGAUUUUUAUGUUCACAAAGUAGAAGACAACGGAGGUUCCAGGCCACUAGGUUGAGUCUCCUGCGCCCUCUAUGCACUUUCCCCCUUCCCUAGUCAGUAAAAGUUGUGCAAUGUCUCAGUGAACCUGUGUAUGUGGUGGCACUUUAGGGUGUAAAAUGUGUGAUUUUGUAACCCAGAUUUUGCUACAUAUUUGUGAUGGCACUUUCUACAAUGUGAACUAUUAAGUACAAAACUUAAGAGGCAAAACAGCCAACAUUUUCUUUUGUACUUUCAUAAAUUGUUAAUGCCCCAGAGCCACCUUUUGGGCAUUGCUUUAAAUUCUCCAGUGUUUGUUUUUUUGUUUGUUAUUGUUAUAGGGGUUAUCAGCUGACUAAGAAAAGAUUUUUAAAUUGAGCUAGGGGACUACUUUAGCAUGUAUAAUAUCUUCCAGUCUGUUCCUGAUAGGUUGGAGAAUUUAGAUUUUUAUUAGUUCAUAGUGCCAUUUAUAUUCAGUUAGAAAAGUAUUUAACAGCUACUGAAUUAUCUAUACAUACCUUUGUUAAUCACUAUUGAUCCAGCAGUAAUCUUAUUAGGGAGAAAAUUCAAUUGUAAAUUGAAUCAGUAUAAACAAAGUUACUAGGUAACUUCAUAUUGUUUUAAAGGAAAUAUGAAACUUACACUAUUCAAGUAGAAUAGUGUUCAGCAAAACUAUUUAUAAAGCCUCUGAAGAAGUUAACUGCUACUGUAAUUUUAUAUGAAAAUAAGUAUUUUUCAAUAAAGCAUUUAUAAAUUAA